GUACUUGUCACUUUGUGCAGUAAAAGGUAUAAUGUCAAGUAAUGUUAAGAGCUUUUUAGUGGGAUUUAAUCCCAUAAAUGAAAGCAAUACUUUCACUAGUGGUGAUAUGAUUACAGGACAAACUACAUUAGAAUUAUCACAAGAAUGCAAAAUAGAUUCACUUUGCAUAAAACUGAAGGGAAAAGCAGAAGUCCAAUGGACGGAAAGUUAUGGAAAAACGGUUGUAACAUACCAUAAGAAAGAAAAAUACUUCAGCGUCAAACAUUUUAUCAUUCAGGAGGGGCAAGGCAAUAAUACUAUUGGCCAGGGCUUCCAUGUUUAUCCGUUCUCCUUUCAGAUUCCAACACAAGAGCUGCCGUCCUCCUUCCAUGGCAAGUUUGGAAAGAUCUUGUACACACUGGAGGCAAAUCUGAGCAGGUCCAUGAGAAUAGACAGCAAAGCCAAGGCAGAGUUCACCCUCAUCCACAAAGGAAACCCGGAUCCAAUGCUCAUGAUUUCACAGCAAGGUAACACUGAUAAGAAGAUGAAGCUCUUCAACUCAGGAACAGUAGGCAUGGAUGUGAACAUUGAACGAAUGGGUUUCCACCAAGGUGAAGGCAUCAAGGUUGUGGCCUCCAUUCAGAACCGAUCAUCUCGAGAAAUUAGGCCCAAGUACUGUUUGUACAGGAAGUACAGUUAUUUUGCAAAGGGGAAGAGGAAAGUUGAUACAAAAGACAUCCUGAAAGAGCAGGGUGAAGCCAUCCCACCUUCUGCAGGUCUGACUGUCACCAAGAUCAUCACCGUCCCUCCCACCACACCAGCGUCCAUCUUAAACUGCAGCAUCAUCAAAGUAGAGUACAGACUCAGGGUUUACCUGGAUGUUAAGUAUGCUUCAGAUCCAGAGAUCAAGUUCCCCAUCGUCAUCCUGCCUGCUCUCGAAGGACCUCAGGAGGUGCACUCUCUUGCCAAUCCUGCCUAUGGAUUUGACGCAUUUCCAAACUCCUCAAUGCCAGGACGGACUAGCCUCUUACAAAACCCAACAGCCUCUGGUCCCUUUGCUCCUUCACCAAUCAGUGUGUCAGGGAUGUAUCUCUCUUCGACUGAUUUUGACAGAAAGCUCUAAAAGCUCAAAUAGAUAGAUUGAUAGCACAGGACUCUAUUUAAUUUGCAGUAUAACUCCAAGUUAGGAACUACCAUGAUUAACGUGUUUUUGCUUAAUCUGUGUUCUCAUGAUAAAUGGCAAGAUUGAGAGCAUUGCAAAGACUUAUGUUUUAAAAUAUAGGAUAAUAAUAAGAGUCUUUCGAGUAGGAAGUGAUUGUUAAAUUGAUU